CUAGUAAUAAUAGGGGCAACAGCCCUGAACAAUCAUACUGGGAUGGCAGCAGUAGUAAUAUUGGGGGCAAAAGCUCCGAACAAUUGUACCGGGAUGGUAGUAGUAAUAUUGGGGCAAAAGCCCUGAACAAUUGUAUCAAAGUGGCAGAUAAUGGUAAUGGUAGUAAUUCGGGCAAAAGCCCUGAACAAUUGAAUCGGGAUUGUGGUGGUAGUAAUACGGGCAAAAGCCCUGAACAAUUGUACCGGGAUGGCAGUGGUAGUAAUACGGGCAAAAGCCCUGAACAAUUGUAUCGGGUUGGCGGUGGUAGUAAUAUGA